AUGAAGAACCCUAAUCCCGACGACACGGCUCCCAAUCCAAAACCGAACAACCACCAUAGCGCCGACAAUGGGCGGCUGAGAGUAGAGGCACCGGGACCAGCCUCGGCCGCAGGAGGAGGAGCAGCCGGCGGCGGAGUGGUAGAGGAGUGCAGCAACUGCGGGACCAAGAAGGGGUGGGUCCUACACAAUGUCCGUUACCGAGCCACCCUCCGCCGCCUCUGCACCUCCUGCGUCCUCCGCCUCCACCCGGCCAGCUUCUGCCCCAUCUGCUUCCUGUUCCAGGACCACAGCAAUUCCCAAAAUGCCCCUCCCCCCAACCUCGUCUCCUGCUCCAAGUGCCCCUCCCUCUCCCACUCCGACUGCCUCCCUCCCUACGCCGCCUUCUCCCCCUCCCCGUUCCUCUGCCCGCCCUGCGCCUCCGCCAACCCCAAAUUCUCCUUCUUCGAGCUCGACGACCGCAACAAGGUCCUCGACAAGCGCCUCGCCGCCGUGCUUCUCUGCGCCGCCAGCAUCGCCGCCUCGUCCAUGUCCAAAGCCGCUGCCAUCUCACGCGCCGAGGCCGAGCGGCGCGUGAGGGAGGCCGCCUCGGCUCGGAAGCGCGCUCGCGAGGCCUUGGACCGCUUCGUGCUCCUCUCCUCCGGCUCCUCCUUCCAACCCGGACCCGUCGUCAAGGCGGCGGCGGCGGCGGCGGCUCACGCAACCGAGGUCUCUGGCUCCUCCAAUGGCGGGAAAGAACCCUCCAAGAACAAGACCACCACCCCGGUUGCAUUGACGAACAAAGCUCAUCACCCUAAUGGGGGCUUGCAUCAUAAACAAGAAGAAAAGGCUGAAGAGCAGAAGGUGAAAUUGGAGCUGAAAGAGUGA